GGCCCAGUUUUUGUGAUACUGUGGCUGCUGUUUACUACAUUUAUCUGAAAGGAAUUUCCUGUUGCUCUUAUGUUGCAGGGCAAUCUGGUUCUUUCAGAUAUUGGAUUAGCAGAGAAACGAGUUUAUCAUGCUGCUCUUAAUGGUAGAGGUACAAGAAAUUGCUGCAGAGAUGGGCCAAUCUAAUCCUAAUACGCCCGUGGAUAUGAACAAGAUUUAUCUAGAUGUCUUGGGAGGCGGUUUAGAUAAAAAGCAAAGAUUGUUCGGCACAGGUAGUCUCGCAUUGACCUUGAAGACCAAUAUAUCGGGAGAGAGUAGUACUUCAGCUAUGUCCGACAUUGACAAAGAGCAGUAUGCCACUCGCCUAGGAGAUGUAGAGGAGCAGCUUCAAGAGGAGCGAGAAAGGACAUCUCGAUUAGAAGAACAUGUUAAAGUUGCAAUGGAGAUUAUCAAGCAGUUGCAAGGGCAAUCAAGCAGUGCCACUAGCCAUCCAGAUCCACCAUCAUAUGUUCCAUGAUUAUACAUGUGUUUUGAUUUUGAUAUCGACUAUCUCUAGGUGCUUGAUUUUGAAAUACUUGUUAGAUAUGUGAUUUUUAAACUAUUUUGGUUUGUGACUACUAUUUCUAGGUGUUUGGUUUUGAAAUACUUGUUAGACACGUGAUUUCUAAACUAUCUUGAUUUAUGACUAUUUUGGUUUAUGACUUUGA